AUGCCGUGCGUAGACGUUAAUUUGAUGCAGAAGUUCACCCGACUGAAUAAGCCGAGGGUUACAACUUGAAUUGGCUGGGUUUCCCAUCCUUUCCUCUGCUGCCAUGGAUGUAUCUAGAAUAUAUACCUGGCCAUAGCGGUGGGGUUGCCCAUCUUCAGGGAGCACUGGCCCUAUUCUAUGGUAAAUCUGACCAUGUAUGCGAAAACAAUAGGGACCGUGACCACGCGGGGUGUCCAGUUGUGCACCCAUGGAGGCGAAUGCAAAUGCACUAUUGUAGUUGCGAAUAUGCUCGCGAAACUCUUUUGCUUCUGUUUCCUGACUUGUAAGUAA